CGGCUCCGGGCGGCGCCUCUUUCCGACACACCCAGCGCCGAGACCAGGAACAGGAACAGCCGCUCCCGCCUCAGCCGCUGCUGCGUCCGCCCAGCCCCGCAGCGACCGAACGGCCCGGCCCGGCUCGGCUCGGCCCGCAGCACCAUGUCUGUCUCGGAGGAAGCUGACGGGCUCGGGGUGGCCCGGCCCCAUUACGGCUCUGUCCUGGAUAAUGAGAGGAUGACAGCAGAGGAGAUGGAUGAGAGAAGACAUCAGAAUGUGGCUUAUGAGUAUCUUUGUCAUCUGGAGGAAGCAAAGAGAUGGAUGGAGGCCUGCCUUAAUGAGGAUCUACCUCCCACAACAGAGCUGGAGGAGGGGCUAAGGAAUGGAGUCUAUCUAGCCAAACUUGGAAACUUUUUCUCCCCCAAGGUGGUGUCUCUGAAGAAAAUCUAUGACCGGGAACAAACCAGAUAUAAGGCAACUGGUCUCCAUUUCCGUCAUACUGAUAACGUUAUUCAGUGGUUGAAUGCCAUGGCUGAAAUUGGCCUCCCCAAGAUUUUCUACCCAGAAACUACUGACAUCUAUGAUCGGAAGAACAUGCCACGCUGCAUCUAUUGUAUCCAUGCACUCAGUCUGUACCUGUUUAAACUGGGACUGGCCCCUCAGAUUCAAGAUUUAUAUGGGAAGGUGGACUUCACAGAGGAGGAGAUCAGUAACAUGAGGAGUGAGCUGGAGAAGUAUGGAAUUCAGAUGCCUGCCUUCAGCAAGAUUGGAGGAAUUUUAGCUAACGAACUCUCUGUGGAUGAAGCAGCAUUGCAUGCUGCUGUUAUUGCCAUUAAUGAAGCAAUUGACCACCAAGUUCCAGCUGACACCCUGUUGGCAAUGAAAAACUCCAAUGCCAUGUUGGUGAAUCUUGAUGAACUGCUGGCAUCAAUCUAUCAGGACACAUUGUAUCGGGCAAAGAAGGACAAGAUGGAGAAUGCCAAAAACAGGACUGGCUCUGAGAAUUCAGAGAGAGAGAGGGAUGUGUACGAAGAGCUGCUGACUCAAGCUGAAAUUCAGGGCAAUGUCAACAAAGUCAACACACAUUCAGCCCUAUCAAAGAUAGAUCUGGUUUUGGAACAGGGAGAUGCAUUAGCAUUAUUUGAAGUUUUGACAUCACCAGCCCUGGGACUCCGAGGAUUACAGCGAGAAAAUUGUGACUGGUAUCUCAAGCAGCUCUUGAGUGACAGGCAGCAGAAACAGGAGGGAUUUUAGCAAUUGGGCUUAUUAAUGAAGCUCUGGACGAGGGAGACACCAGAAAGACCCUUCAAGCCUUACAGAUCCCUGCAGCAAAACUGGAGGGGGUAACCCCAAAGGUAGCACAGCACUACCAGGACACGUUGAUCCGAGCCAAGAGGGAGAAAGCACAGGACACUCAGGAUGAGACAGCUGUACUGUGGCUGGAUGAAAUUCAGGAUGGAAUUCAUCGAUCCAACAGGGACACAGAGGAGGCACAGAAAUUUUCAUUAGGAAUUCUGGCCAUUAAUGAAGCAGUGGUCCAUGGUGAUGUGGGCCAGACCCUCAGUGCCCUGCGCUCGCCUGAUGUUGGACUGUAUGGAGUCACUCCAGAGUGUGAUGAGACAUACCAGCGUGACCUGGCAGAAGCCAAGAGAGAAAAAAUGGCAGCAGGGGACAAUGGCAGUGAGUGGGUGAAGCACUGGGUGAAAGGAGGCUAUUAUUAUUACCAUAACCUGCAAACCAGAGAGGGACGUUGGGAUGAACCCUCAGGAUUUGUGCAGAAUAAUACCCAGCUCUCCCGGGAGGAGAUACAGAGCUCUAUCUCUGGAGUCACUGCUGCGUACAACAGAGAACAGCUUUGGCUUGCUAAUGAGAACCUGAUUACAAGGCUGCAGGCUUGCUGCCGUGGAUACCUUGUUCGCCAGGAAUUCAACUCCAGAAUGAAUUUCUUGAAGAAGCAAGUCCCUGCAAUCACUUGUAUCCAGUCUCAGUGGCGUGGCUACAAGCAGCGAAAGGAAUACCAAGAUCGCUUGGAGUACCUGCGAGCACACAAGGACCAAGUAGUGAAGAUUCAGUCAAUGACCAGGAUGUAUCAAGCCAGAAAGCGGUACAGAGAUCGUCUGCAGUAUUUCAGAGACCAUAUAAAGGACAUUGUAAAAAUCCAGGCUUUUAUUCGUGCAAAUAAAGCACGAGAUGACUACAAAACUCUCAUCAGUGCUGAAGACCCACCUAUGGCUGUGGUCCGGAAAUUUGUCCACUUACUGGAUCAGAGUGACCAAGAUUUUCAGGAAGAGCUUGACCUAAUGAAGCUGCGUGAGGAGGUUGUGACCCUAAUCCGAUCCAAUCAGCAACUGGAAAAUGACCUCAAUCUGAUGGACAUCAAAAUUGGACUGCUUGUGAAAAACAAAAUCACAUUGCAGGAUGUUGUCUCUCAUAGUAAGAAACUUACCAAGAAGAACAAGGAGCAGCUGUCUGACAUGAUGAUGCUGAACAAACAGAGGGGAGGUUUGAAGGCUCUAAGCAAAGAGAAGAGGGAGAAGCUGGAAGCAUAUCAGCACCUGUUCUACUUGCUUCAGACUAACCCCACCUACUUGGCCAAGCUGAUUUUUCAGAUGCCUCAGAACAAAUCCACCAAGUUUAUGGAUUCUGUGAUCUUCACGCUGUAUAACUAUGCAUCCAAUCAGAGGGAAGAAUACCUGUUACUUCGGCUUUUCCAGACAGCACUGCAGGAAGAAAUCAAAUCAAAAGUAGAUCAGAUACAUGAGAUUGUGACUGGAAACCCCACUGUUAUUAAGAUGGUGGUAAGUUUCAACCGUGGUGCCCGUGGCCAGAAUGCAAUGAGGCAGAUCCUGGCACCUGUUGUGAAGGAAAUCAUGGAUGACAAAUCACUCAACAUCAAAACUGAUCCUGUGGACAUUUACAAAUCUUGGGUUAACCAGAUGGAGUCGCAAACUGGAGAGGCCAGUAAGUUGCCGUAUGAUGUUACACCUGAGCAAGCCCUGGCUCAUGAAGAGGUGAGGACACGCCUAGAUGCAUCCAUCAAAAACAUGCGGACAGUGACAGACAAGUUCCUGUCAGCCAUCGUCAGCUCAGUGGAUAAAAUCCCUUAUGGCAUGCGCUUCAUUGCCAAGGUUCUGAAAGAUUCACUACAUGAGAAAUUUCCUGAUGCUGGUGAGGAUGAGUUGCUGAAGAUCAUUGGCAACUUACUCUAUUAUCGCUACAUGAACCCAGCUAUUGUUGCUCCAGAUGCAUUUGACAUCAUUGACCUUUCAGCUGGAGGUCAGCUGACUACAGACCAGCGCAGAAACCUUGGUUCCAUUGCAAAGAUGUUACAGCAUGCUGCAUCCAAUAAGAUGUUCAUGGGAGACAAUGCUCACCUAAGCAUCAUUAAUGAAUAUCUCUCUCAGUCCUAUCAGAAAUUCAGACGUUUUUUUCAGGCUGCCUGUGAGGUUCCAGAACUACAGGAUAAAUUUAAUGUUGAUGAAUAUUCUGACUUGGUGACUCUCACUAAACCAGUUAUCUAUAUUUCCAUUGGAGAAAUCAUCAAUACACACACUCUGCUUUUAGAUCAUCAAGAUGCGAUUGCGCCUGAGCACAAUGAUCCAAUUCAUGAGCUGCUGGAUGACCUGGGGGAAGUUCCCACUAUUGAGUCCCUGAUAGGGGAAGGGUCUGGUAACAUUAAUGACCCCAACAAGGAGAUGCUAGCAAAGACUGAAGUUUCUCUUACACUGACUAAUAAAUUUGAUGUUCCUGGCGAUGAGAAUGCUGAAAUGGAUGCAAGGACAAUCCUGCUGAAUACAAAGCGCUUGAUUGUAGAUGUAAUCCGCUUCCAGCCGGGGGAGACACUAACUGAGAUCCUGGAAACUCCAGCUACCCAUGAGCAGGAAGCAGAGCAUCAGAGAGCUAUGCAGAGACGGGCCAUUCGUGAUGCCAAAACCCCUGACAAGAUGAAAAAAUCUAAAUCUGUAAAAGAGGACAGCAACUUGAAUCUUCAAGAAAAGAAGGAGAAAAUCAAGACAGGCUUGAAGAAGUUGUCAGAACUGGGAACCGUGAACCCAAAGAAUAGAUACCAGGAGCUAAUCAAUGAUAUUGCCAAGGACAUCCGGAACCAGCGCAGAUACCGUCAGAGGAGAAAGGCAGAGCUGGUGAAGCUGCAGCAAACUUACAGUGCACUGAACUCCAAAGCCACUUUUUAUGAGGAACAGGUGGAUUAUUAUAAAAGCUAUAUCAAAACCUGCUUGGAUAACUUGGCCAGCAAGGGCAAAGUCUCUAAGAAGCCACGGGAGAUGAAAGGCAAAAAGAGUAAAAAGAUUUCUCUGAAAUAUACAGCAGCUCGACUCCAUGAGAAGGGAGUCCUGUUGGAGAUUGAAGACCUGCAAGUAAACCAGUUUAAAAAUGUGAUAUUUGAAAUCAACCCAACAGAGGAAGUAGGAGACUUUGAGGUCAAAGCAAAAUUCAUGGGCGUUCAGAUGGAAACAUUCAUGUUACAUUAUCAGGAUCUUUUGCAGCUGCAGUAUGAAGGUGUUGCUGUCAUGAAGUUGUUUGACAGAGCAAAAGUCAACGUCAACCUCCUGAUCUUCCUUCUGAACAAGAAGUUCUAUGGGAAAUAAUUGGCAUCUCCCAGAGGAGCUAUGAAAAGGGGGAUGAAUGGAAAAACUGCAUCUCUGUUUCUUAAUAUCCUCUUUCACCUGUCAGAACCAAGGACACCUAUAUAUUGAUGUACCUCCCUCUGCCCAAACUACAAGUAUAAAGUAUAAAGAAGGACUAGACUGUCAGUGAAUUAAUAAUCCUGACUGAGUCCACAGGGACUCUAUCUGUCUUACUGCUAUGAUCUUUUUUUCUGACUUUUCAGAUUCCUUGAGAAGCAUUUAGUUUAGAAUGUUUUCCGUGUACUAUUACAGUGGCAUUGGGGAUUAAACAGUUGUUAGAAUAUAUUUUGGGCUUCUGGGUGUGUUCUUUGCCUAAAUGUUUGGAUGGUGGGGCUUGAAUUCUUGUUAUUUGUUGUAGAAGAAGAAAGCUAACACAGCAGAGCAACCAGGUCUGCCUCUGUAUCUAGAAGCAGAACAGGAUUUCAGCUCAUAUUUAGACUCCCUCCUUGAAAUUCUAAGAAAACACAACAGGACAUCAACUUAGAGAAAUAUUUGCUCUGUGCUGUAGCAUGGAGAAACUGGAAAAAUUUUAACUAGCUGAUUCUGUCCAUAGCAGUGUCCAUUACCGAAGGCUCACUACCAGGAUGACUGAACUCUGUUUAUAGAUUUGAUUUGUAAAGACCUAUACUUGAGUUAUAUUUUAGCAUGUUAUUCAAUAUACGUAUGUAGCUCUGUCUUCAGGCAAUGGGGAGAAGAAAAGAUUUUGUCACAGAACUGAGUCAAAUUAAAAGUGGUCAAUGGCCAGGUUGGUCAGGUGGUUGCAGUGCCAGCUUUUGGUGGUGGCGGUGGUGACUAUUAGCUGUAUCGGACUAGUGCAGCAGAGUCCUAGAUGGCUUUCAAUGAUCUAAGUGUUGCUGAAUUAUUACUACACAUACAUUAUUGUAGCCAUGUAUAACAUCUUUAGUGAUCCAAUUCUUUUUUCAAUAUUUGUUUCUCAUUAAGACGCCUUACUAAUAUACAGAUUGUCCCGGUAGUAGAGGAAAUGAGGAAUGUGUGUGCUAAUGCUUAAAGAUGAAAAGCGGCCUUUUAUUGGGGAUGAAGGAGAGAGAUUUUUGAAUCAGUUGAGAAAAGUUUAUUUUACAGUUUUGCUUCAGAAGCUUUUAGAACAUUACAGAAAAAGUUUCUAAGUUAGCUUAUUGCUCCACAUAUCUCUACCUGAUGCCAUUAAACACUAUGAUCUACCUGCAGACUUGCCAAAGGGAAUUUACUCUGCCUUAAAUAGUCUGAGCUGUUAAAUUAUUUACAUUUUACCAAAUGUACAUGAGCAAAUGACUCCCCGUUUCCUUUACUACUUAGAUAUUCACUCAUUAUUACGGUGGUGCCUGUUACAUUGCUAUACCUAACAGAAAUGCAAAAGGACUGUUAUGAACUCCGAUCUUCAUUAAACAAACUUUUCAUUGCCCAAGUUAUCUGCUCCAGAUAAAAAUGUCAUUUUUUUUUAAAUAAUUUUAAAAUCUGUUUGACUGUUUUAUGUUCCCAGAGUAUAGGUUAAAAUAAAGUCUCUCUAUUCUUAGACACACACACAUACGCCUUACGUUUAUUUCAAAUAAUUUUGUUUUAUAAUUUAAUCACAGAGUCAGCCAUUUUAGUGUUUUUUAAAUGAAACCAGUUACUAACUCUCUGCCUGCCUUGGGAGUCAGUUGUUUCCCAUAGUCUUUUUAAGAGGCUAAUCCUGUAUGGCUCUACCUUGUGACAAUCCCUGCCACGCAAACAGUAACAAACUGAUUUUAUCUUGGUCUAUGCAGUAUUAGCAUAAUUAAAAGAAUAGAUGACACAACUUUCCUUUUGGAUGUAAAACUGACCACAUCCAGGAAGUUCCAAAUAGGGGAAAUUCUGCCCACAGAGAGGAGAACCUCAAAAUAGGAAUUCUACCCGCCAUCCUGAAAUAGCAUCAGGACAGGGACAGGAUAAAAGUCUUGACUUGCAUCUACCUGUCUCUUUUCAAUGUGAGUCCCCACUGCUGUUUAACUGAAGGGUUUUAAAUAUAACUAUCCUUUUUUAGUUAGGGAUAGUGACAAUAGGACAUUCUCAAAUUAUUCAUCAGGGGAAUAAAACAGCACCCUGACAGCUGUUCAACAAAAGGGAUUAAAUUUUCUCCAUUUAAAAAGGGCUACUUUCCCAGAUGUCUGCUUGGCUGCCUCUUCACCAUAAUCUAAGAAAUAGCUAAUGAGACAUGUUAGGCUAUUCUAAUAAAAUAUCAUAAUACCCACGAGGAGAAGAUAUUUGGAUUAUUUAUAAGAACAGCCAAUAUCUGAAAACAGAUAUUGAAAACAGUUUUGGUGCAAAUUGACAAGACAACUAGGUAGUGAGAGUGAAACAGUUUUAUGGAAACAGGUGUGCCAGUUCUAGUUGAAUAACUGUGUAACUUUGGUAGGAGUUUUUAAAAGAAUGGAGACACUCUGGCAGAAAGAUCCAGUUUCAGCACUGAAAUUUUGUAAUUUGUUACUUUAUUUAUUGGUGUCCUAGCUUUCCCUUGUCUCUUCCCUCUCCCGUCCCCACAAUCAUUGUAUUUAUCUUGGGCUUAAAUUCCUUUCAAAUAACUAGAUGGCUUAGCCUAUUGUUUGCACAUAAAAUGUCUUUGUAUUUCUCAUCUAAAUAAAAGAUAAUUUGUUCA